UGCUGUGCUGUCUACAACAAAUCAAGUUUGCUGAUUCAAACUAGAGAAGAAAAAGUAAACCUGUAGAUGACAACGAUGAAUUGUCUAGUGUUUAUUGUUUUGUUCUUGCAGCUUGUUUUACCAUGCCCUAAAAUAGUUGGAUCAGAAGAUGGCGGAAACGGCUGCAGCAGGCAAUGCCAGUCAGCUUUUUGUUCUGUUCCUCCUUUGCUGAAAUAUGGGAAGUACUGUGGAGUGGGUUAUACUGGAUGCCCAGGAGAAGUUCCCUGCGAUGGUUUAGAUGGAUGCUGCCAAGCUCAUGAUUUCUGUGUUCAACAGAAAAACGAUGACUUACUGAGCCAAUCAUGCAACAACAGUCUCUUAGAUUGCUUAGCUGUGUUCAAAGCUACAGGAGCUCCUGGAUUUUUGGGAAACACUUGCAACACAGAGAAUGUAGAAGAUCUGAUUCACCAUAUAAUUCAGGCAGCCACAUGGACUGGAAAAAUUAUAAACCAUCCUUGAUCAAAUAACCAUCAACCAAAUGUAUCUCCGGGUGAAU